AUGGCUGACAGCGGCAGCUCAAAUGCGCCUCCAGCCGAGGUCACCAAUGCGGUUCUCGUCAAGUCUGAAGAAAUGCCAAAGGACGCCCAAAAGGUAGAAGAACUUGAUUUCAACAAACUAAAGGGGCCCAUUACCGCAGAGGACUUAUUUCUUGGCAUGAGAAACAUGGGAUUUCAGGCAAGCUCAAUGAGUGAGGCCAUCAGGAUCAUCAACGACAUGAGAGCCUGGAGAGACCCUGAAACAGGAGACAAGACUACCAUUUUCCUGGGAUACACCUCAAACCUGAUUUCAUCCGGUCUGAGAGGCGUCUUUCGGUGGCUGGUGGAGCACAAGCAUGUCUCAGCCAUAGUGACCACAGCAGGAGGCGUUGAAGAAGAUUUCAUCAAGUGCCUCGGUGAAACAUACAUGAGCUCUUUCAGCGCAGAUGGUGCAAGUCUUCGGAAAAAGGGUCUCAACCGUAUCGGAAACCUCGUGGUGCCUAAUGCAAACUACUGCGCCUUUGAGGACUGGGUGGUGCCCAUCUUUGACAAGAUGCUGGAGGAACAGGAAGCCAGCAAAGGAACAGAAGACGAGAUUCACUGGACACCAUCCAAGGUUAUCCACCGGCUCGGUAAGGAGAUCAAUGAUGAGCGCUCGGUAUACUACUGGGCGUACAAGAACGACAUUCCGGUCUUCUGCCCUGCCCUGACGGAUGGCAGUCUAGGAGAUAUGCUUUACUUUCACACAUUCAAAACCUCGCCGCAGCAGUUGCGCGUUGACCUCGUGGAAGAUAUCCGCCGCAUCAACACCAUCGCCGUACGAGCCAAGAGAGCAGGGAUGAUUAUUCUGGGAGGAGGAGUGGUCAAGCACCAUAUUGCAAAUGCAUGCCUGAUGAGAAACGGUGCGGAAUCCGCCGUCUAUAUCAACACAGCCCAAGAAUUCGACGGAAGUGACGCCGGUGCUCGUCCGGAUGAGGCUGUUUCAUGGGGCAAGAUCAAGAUUGGAGCAGAUAAUGUCAAGGUGUACUUGGAAGCCACUGCUUGCUUCCCUUUUAUUGUAGCGAACACAUUUGCAAAAGAUAUUUAG